AUGUCUCAAGCAGCUGUUUUAACAAUAAAACAAGUGAUUGGUAUUCGAAGUAGUGUGUCAAAUUGUGUAGCAUUCCAAGAUGAACAAACUCUUGUUUAUCCAGCUGGGGGUAAUAUUGUGUUGUAUGGUAUUGAUCAAAAAGCUCAAAAAGUAAUUCCAUGUACACCAAACGCGCAAGCUUUAACAACAAUCGCUGUUAGUCCCAAUCGUCGCGCAAUUGCAAUUGCUGAAAGAAUUAAUGAUCAGCCACAAGUGACUGUUUACGAUUUGCAAUCGGGAAAAAAGCGUAAAACAUUGCAUACGGAAGUUAUUAAAUCCAAUGAAAUUGUAUCAUUACUGUUCUCAGCUGAUUCCAAAUAUCUUUUAACACAGGGGGGGCCCGAUUAUACGCUUGUUUAUUGGACAUGGGAGAAAUCCAAGAUUAUGGCAAGCACAGAAGUUCGUACAGCUGCACAAUCUAAUACAACUGUUACACAAGUGUCAUUUAAUCCACAAGAUAAUACACAAAUUUGUGCUGUUGGUCACGGUUUAUUUAAAAUGUUUCGUUAUGCUGAGUCAGCAUUGAAACCGUCUCAAAGUUUAAAACAAGAACAUUACAAUUUUACAUCUCACUGUUGGGUAUCAGAUGAUCGAAUAGUAGCCGGUACUGAUUCAGGAAAAUUAUUUGUGAUACAAAACGGUGAAAUAUUACACGAAAUCAAAUUAGAUCUAAAAUCAGACUUAAGAUCCGUUACAAGUCAAUAUUUAACAUCAGAAGAACGAUCAAACGAUAGUAUGGGUGAGAAUACGAGACAAGAAGUUAAAUGUAUUCUACCAUUCUCACGUGGGUUCAUUGUGGCUGCUGGCAUCAACAAAGUGUAUAUAUUCGAUCGAUUCGAUGAUAAUAAAGAAUAUUUUCGACAAAAUCGUGAAAUUCUGCUACCAGAUGAUCCAGCGGAUAAAUCACACAAUCAACAGGUUGUAUCAAUGUGUUUGAGUCCAUCGGAAGAAACGUUGGAAAUUGCUACUUUUAGUUAUCUCACAGAAGGUUAUCAUCAUGCUCAAGUAACAGGCGUAGAUGUUUGUGUUCGGAAGCAAUUAAUUGCCACAUGUGGUAUUGAUAAAAGUGUACGAAUUUGGAAUUAUGAAACUGGAACAUUGGAAGUUGGGAAAGAAUUUCAAGAAGAAGCUUAUACAGUGUCACUGCAUCCAUCAGGACUAUUUGUACUCGUUGGUUUCAGCGAUAAAUUAAAAUUAUUUACGAUAUUAAUUGACGAUUUACGUCCAUUUAAAGAAUUUCCAAUUCGUGGCUGUCGUGACGCUCUAUUUUCUAAUGGCGGUCAUGUAUUUGCUGCUGUUCAUGGAAAUGUGAUUCAAAUUUAUUCAACAGUGACAUUCGAGAAUAUAACAAAUUUGAAAGGUCACAAUGGAAAAGUUCGUCAAUUAGUAUGGUCACCAGAUGAUACUCGUUUAUUUUCUUGCGGAAUGGAUGGUGCAAUCUAUGAAUGGGAAUUGGCAACAUCUAAACGUCUGCAUGAAGCAGUUUUAAAAGCUUGUGGUUAUACAGGUCUUAGUUUGAGUGCCGAUGCUAAAACAGUUUAUGCUGUUGGAACUGAUAGAAAAAUAAAAGAAAUUUUAGAUGCACAGCAAAUACUUCGUGAAAUUCCUUUGACACCAGAGGAUAUGCAGCCAACAUCAAUUGCACUAAGUCAUACAGGAAAAUCCUUAAUUGUCGGUACAUCGAAAGGAACAGUGCGAUCUUAUAAAUUUCCGUUAACAAAAGCUGACGAAUUUACAGAAUACCUUGGUCAUGUAGGAAUGAUAAAUAGAUUACGCAUAACAUUUCAAGAUGAAUAUAUAGUUUCGAUUGGUGAUGAUGGUUUAGUCAUUUUAUGGAAAUUACAAGAACAGGGUGUAUCAAAAAAAGAUAAAGAGACGACGUUUGCUGAAGAAAUUUUAAUUACUAAGACUGAUUUAGAGGAGAAAAAUGCUUUAAUACUCGAUUUGAAUCAACGUGUUACCGAAUUACGAGAAGAAAAUGAGUAUCAAUUAAAAUUAAAAGAAAUGAAUUAUGCUGAACGUAUACGUGAGUUAACCGAUAAAUUUAUGCAAGAAAUGGAAAAUUUAAAAACAAAAAAUACAGUGGUUACUGGUGAAAAAGAAAAAGAAGCGAAUAAACAUGCUGAACAAGUUCAUGAUCUUCUUGAAAAACAAAACAAAGAAUUACAAGAUCUAGAAAGUUCAAAUAAUCAAAAACUAAUGUUAGAAUAUGAAAAAUAUCAAGAAUUACAGGCUAAAACCCAAAAAACUCAAGAAGAAUAUGAAAAACAAAUAAUGGAAUUAGAAAAUCGAAAAGAAGAAGAGGUAACGCGUCAACGAAUGCAAUAUACGACACAAUUAGAAAAAUUAAAAAAUGAUUUAAUAUUGGAACGUGAAAAAACUAAACAACAAUCUCGUGAUCAUGAAGAGACAAAACGACAAAUUGAAGAAGAUGCGGAUGAAGAAAUACUUAAAAUGAUGCAAGGAAAUGAACAAACAUUAAUCGAAUGUAAAGAAGAAAAUAUUAGUCUAAAAAAUAAAAGUACAACAUUUCAACGAAAAGUUAAAGAUUUGGAAGAAUCAAUUAAAAAGAAAGAGGUUGAUUUAGUAAGUUUAAAAAAUGAAGAAAAUAAAUUACAACAAGCAAUUCGUGGAUUAAAAAAAGAUAUUGAAGGUUUAAAAAAAGAAAUACAAGAACGUGAUGAAACAAUACAAGACAAAGAAAAACGUAUAUAUGAAUUGAAACGAAAGAAUCAAGAGUUAGAAAAAUUUAAAUUUGUACUCGACUAUAAAAUAAAAGAUUUAAAAAAACAAAUAGAACCACGUGAACUUGAAAUUAAAGAUAUGAAAGAACAAAUAACAAAUAUGGAAGCAGAAUUAGAACGUUUAAGUAAAAGUAAUGAUGAAGAAAGAUUGCAAAAAGAAGAACUUAAACAAAAAUUAGGUGUAUCUGGUGUGGCACUUCAACAAGAAAAACAAAUAAAACGUGAUUCUGAACUCGUAUUAAAACGAAUUAAAACUGAUCUACACAAUUGUUCAGCAUUACUUCAAGAACCAAAAUUAUUGAGACAAAAAGUUUUGGAAAUCCAUCAACAAUAUGUUCAUGAUGAUGCGACUGAAGAAGCAAACGUUGAUCAAGAUAUACAAAAAGAGUAUUCACGUCAACGUGAUCAUCUAGAAAGAACUGUAAAAAGUCUUAAACAAAAAUUAGAUAAAGAUUCUGAUCGACAUAAAAAUGAUAAUAUUAGAAUAAUGCAGGAAAAUGUGACAUUAAUUAAAGAAAUCAAUGAUCUUCGACGUGAAUUGAAAUCAGCUCGAGUCAAACUACAAGAUUUGCAAACAUCAAUGGGUAUUAGUCGUAAAAUGGCAGCAACAACUACUGAUCAAAUUGUUCAGGCACUCCAUACUCAUAAAAAUAAUCAUAUUGUCAAUGAGAAACAUAAUCAAUUGGAAAAUUUGAUAGCAAGACAACGUAGCGAAAUCCAUAGAUUAAAUGAACAUCUUCUUCAUAUUGAAGGUGGUAGUAGACCACCAUCGGGUCAGUUACCUCCAAUUAAUUCAGCAUUAGCAGCGCAUUAA